AUGGAGAUGGACAACAACCUUCUUACGGAAAUGGUGGAAAGAUGGAGAAAAGAAACCCACACAUUUCACCUUCUAGAGGGAGAGAUGACGAUUACGUUGAGUGACGUAGCCAUGCUAACAGAGCUUCCAAUCGAUGGUGAUGCAAUAAUAGAAAGUUCACAGAAAUCAUUGAAUGGUUGGGGCCCAUUUAUAAGCGAGCGUUUAGGUAUCAACAUCCCCGAGAAAGCACCAGAAGGUCGUCGUGUACCACCUCUACACAAGUCUAUGCUAUUGAUACCUUGGCUAGUGAGGACCGCUGGAGAAUUACCGGAGGAUGCCACGGAUGCUCAGAUAGAGAGGUAUGCUCGCAUCUACCUGAUUGUUUGGUUGAAGGAUUUUUGUUUUCGAACAAGUCUGGUGGAAAUAUGCAUUGUAUGUGGCUUCGAGUUAUUUUGGAAGAGUGGGACGAGAUUGGGAGAAAAAGUUGGGGAUCUGCUUGUUUGGCGAUGA